CUUAUUAUAUUGAGGAUUGAAUAUUGAGCCUGAAGCGGAUGUGACGUUGUCACCAUGUUACUUUCACUUUGACCAGCCCUGCAUCGAGACACUGACCUGAAGUGAACAACCCGGAGAAUCCACAUGUGUCAUGCACAAGGUGAAGAAGAGGAGCAGGGGACGAAGGUGACGUCCUCCCGUCUUCAUCUCUGAGGAGGUUGAAAGAAAAAACCCGAAACAUUAAAGUGAAGCAGAUUUUCCUGAGAUGGAUUUCCCCGUGGAGGCGAAGGUCCAUCUGGAGGAAUUCCGAGAUGACACGAAGGUUCGAGAGCUCCUCCGGUCCCACGACUUCCAGGUGGAAGAUCUGAGCAGAGACCUGGUUCUGGUCAAGGGUUCGUUUCUGAAGCUCAAAGCUGUAAAGGUCCGUUUGGAGGAACUCCGACAGAACCAGACCGAGGCCCCCCCGCGCCCGGCCUCGCCCGUCUCCUCUGGAGCCGGUUCCAGACACGACCCUGACGUCCGACCAAAAUCAGCUGGCGAGAGGGGCAGGUUAGAUUCCCGUGGCGGGUCACUGCACACUCGCCCGUCCUCCCCCCACACCUCUGCACCCCGGGUGUCAGACCCGUCCCGCCCUCAUCAGAACUCUUCACCGCUCAGAGCUGCUGCCUCUCCAGGAGCCCGUGAGGCGUUCAGGCCCAGAAGUGAGGUGCUGCUUGUGGAAGCAGAUGUGUUCAGGUACGCAGAGCAGGUCAGGAAAAAAGACGUUGACAUGAUCCUUGAGAAUCACAACGUUAAAAUGAGCGUGGACAAAGUUUCUGAUAGCGCCGAGGUCACGUUACUGGGGAAGAAUGCAAGGAUGGCCGCCGGGAAACUGCAGAGCAUCUUCAAUGAUCUCAGCAAAUCACUGCGCACGCAGGAAGUUCCUCUGAGGGACCUGGAUCGGGAAGGCAAAGCUUUUUUAGAAAAGAUUCGCCGGAGGAACAACGUUAUAGAUUCCGUGCUCGUGUGUGAGAUGAGGGACAGACUCCACCUCAUCGGGUCGUCCACCAGGAGCUUCGAGGUGAAGCAGAAGCUGCUGGGGAGGUCGGUGGAGCCGUCGGGACGAGCAGGGAGGACAUUGGGCAGAAGCUCCGGGAGGAGGAGCAGCUCCCUGCCGCCAGUCAACAGACAGAGCACAGACACACGAGGCGUCGCUUAUUCUUCUCCUGCUGGAGCUGCAGGUUACUCCCCCUCGAAUUACCAGGAUGAUAAACAGGAAGGGGCCAAACCCGUGAGGGCGGCGGGAGCUCGUCCUCCGAGUGGAGCUUCAAGCAGACGGAGCUCCUCCACGUCGCGGCUAAAAGGACGAGAAGAAAAACCUCCUGACGUCAAUCGAGAGACGGUUAAAAGAAGCAAACCUCCCGGCAUCAAGCUGCAACUCGUCAAUAUAAAAGCUAUAGAUCAAAUGAUCAAACGCACAAAGAAGAAAUUAGGAAUCUGAAAGUUAAUAAACCUAUUUCCCAAAAUGUCCCAGAUUUAAAUGCACUUCAGUGGAUUUAAUUGACUAAAUGUUUUUGAUAAGAAUCUUAAAUUUUUUAAAUUUAGCUAUUUCGACCAAAAUGGCCUCAACACACACAUUCCUGACUGUUCUGUUUUAUACCCUGGACCUACACUGAUCAGAAGGGGCUGAACUGAAAUGUCUAUACAUGAGUAGUAAGUGUGGUUGAAGGCUCUUCUUUUGGUGUAUCAGUAUACAGCAUCUUCAUUGGCUGGAAUUCAAACCAGCAAGUUCUCUUUUAAAUUUUAAUCUGUGAGUCAGACUAAAGUAGUUUACUUUGUUCGGAAACAUUUUCAGAUUAUGACUUUUAACUCCACUGAUAGUUUUCCUUAUACUAUGACAUUAGAAUUUUAAAUCAGUGUACAAUAUUCCAUUUGUAUUAGUUUUAGUUCUGACACGUCUCAUUCUCUCCUGUUUGUCAACACAGCAGAUGAUUUAAUCACAAGCUGAGUGGAUGAAAUGUAAAUGAUGCUAAUUACACAAAUGACCACUGAAGCAUCAUGACGCCUCUUUGACUGUUAAUUAAAUGUGAUAAUAAAAAACGAAUCUCUUAA